UUAGCAGCCGCCGAUAAAUUGGACCGAAGGUAAUGAGGACAUAGCUAAGGCUGACAAACCUCUGUUGGUCGGGGCUGCUGCGCCGUGCGGGGACCGGGGCGGAGGACUUGGCCCGCGGCCCCGCGCACCUUCGCCCGUUGGCCCCCGUUGGCUCCCGUGGGCUCCCGUGGGCUCCUCCUCCCGUGGGCUCCCCUCGUCCUCUUCGCUCUCUCUAUCUUCCAACUGUCAUCGCUCUCUGAUCUCUGCCAUUCUUCGUUCCGUCCGUCCCGCUUGAUUCUUCGCCUUCACGGGAAGCAGAAUCCGAUUGGCCUCGGUGGAUGAAAUGAUUGCAGUCUGAUUUCCCGUUCUCGGAUUGGGAGCUCCUGUUUCUCGCCUUCCUCUGUUUGUGUUCGAUGCAGCCUGUCGUCGUCGAGGGAUUUUCUUCUGCUCCUGCUCUUUUCUUUUCGUAUUUUGCAUGUCGUCGAGUGUCUCGUUCUUGUUUUGAUUGGUUUCCUUCUCUUUGAAGCUUUUUUUUCCCUGUCUUUUUUUUUCUGUUUGUUUUUUGAAGAAUUUUUUCUGGGGGUUGGAGUUGCUUAAUCUGGAUUAUGCAAUCGCAGCGUUUCUCAGUUGGUCGUAAUUGGUCUGCUCUGUGUCUGCGAUGCCCGUCGAGGAGGCCGCGUUGUUUGCCGCAUCACUAGUCAGCAGUGUUGGAUUGCGGCUCCUUACUGUGUUUCGAAGUUCAGUUUUGCGUGUCUUAACUCAAAAUUGGAGGCGAUAGAUCCAUUUUUUCGUAGUAUUCCGCUUACGAAUUAUCGCUUGAAGUGGUGUAUCCUGCGUCGAGGCUUUGCCAAAGGGUUCGAUCCGGUUGGAGCAGCCGUCGCACCCCGUCGAGCUCACUUGGGGUUGAUGAGGGGCUUAGGGAUGGACACCCUCUUGGGGGUGGUCCUUCGAUGCUGACCGAGUCACUUGUUCGGACGGUGUGCCCAAUUUGAUGAAGACAGUUGCACGUUGCCCUACCAAGUCUGCAGUUUGCUCGUUUCGGGUGCCUUUGCAACAUUAUCUACGGGCUUCUGGUGCGAAUUUGAGAAGUGGUGGUUUCCUCCAAACCUUCGAAACACAUGUGUGCCAGUUGGAUCACGGAAAUUGUACCCCGUAUUCAUAUGGUCGAAAUUCAAACAUUGAGGAUUGGCGUGCAUGAUCAUUGUAGUCAGUUCAAUACCUGAGAUUCAACGCAGGCAACAAGCGCAGUCUUGAGCUCUUCUCACCGACUCUCAAUACAACAAUACGAGGAUGACUGAAGCCUCAAAUGACUUGUUUGGAAUCAUGAGAAGAUCAGAUCGAGAGCUGAGUAAGUCGGAGGACUGUGAAGUGGAGGAUUUGAGCCUCAUUCCUGGUUUACCUGACGAUCUUGCAUUUCAGUGCCUGGUCAGGGUUCCCAGGCGUUACCACUGGGUUUUGGCCGCUGUUUGCAGGCGGUGGCAAGAAACACUAUGCAGUACCAUGUUCUGCUCUAAGAGAAAGGAGAUGGGUUUGUCAGAAGGCUGGGUGUAUGCCCUUCUCAGAGAUAGUUCCGAGGAUCUUCAUUGGCAUGUGAUGGAUCCUACUCAGCGGGUAUGGAAAGAACUCCCAAAAAUGCCAGGUGAUGCAACGAAGCGGUACGGGUUGUCGUCUGAGGUCAUAAAUAGGGAGCUUUUUGUUGUUGGAGGUGGUCAGAGGUACAAACCUCCGAUUCGCGAGGUCCUCAAGUUCAACCCCAUCACCAAUGCCUGGAAAGAAGCAGCUUCGUUGGAAAUGGCUCGGCACUACUUCGCUUCUGCAGUUUUUGAAGGGAAGUUGUUCGCAGUCGGAGGCAUGGGGACUACUUCAGAGAGCCAGAACUCUUACGAGAUUUACGAUCCCAAGUCUCAGACCUGGUCAACUUUUUAUGAUGCACACAUAGUCACCGACUUGGGAGAAGCAUUAGUUCUAGAUGGUAAGCUCUACACACGAUAUGUCUGUACGAACCUCUUUCCUCCCACAUAUGCCUCUGCAUUCGAUCCUGCAAAACAUGAAUGGGCUGUUGUAGAUAAUGACAUGACAAGAUUAUGGUGUGGGCCCACAGCCGUGACGGACCAAGGCGAUGUGUACAUGUUAGAUCAAACUUUCGGGUUGAAGAUUAUGAUGCUAAACCAUGGUAGCCUUGAGUGGAUUCCUGUUGGUCGUUUAUCACCAAAAUCCAUAACUCCCCCUUGUAAACUGGUUUUUGUGAAGAACAUUCUCUACAUUGUAGGGAGGGGCCUGCAAACCAUCUCUUACAACCUGGACAAGGGUCAUAGUUCUCGGGGAAUGUUAGCAACCUCGUCAAUCCCAGCUCUGGAACCUGCAGAGGAUGUGGUUUUGAGCUGCCAUAUGAUUGAGAUUUGAAGUUCUCAGCUCUCAUAAGACUUUGUACAUAAACUAGGAGAAUUCAGUUUCCAUCACUAUGACGGUUCGUUUAACCUCAAGUAGACUUGUGAAAUAGGUUCACAAGCUCGACUAGCAACCGAAUUGGUGGAAGUAUCAAUAAAACAUGCGAUGUUUUAUCCCUG